GAAGUGCGGACCGCGCUGGGAGCAGGCAGCGAUGGCGGAGCAGGCGACGGCUCCCUUGAGCGAAGCGCACAACGUGAGCGGGCCCGGGGAGGCCCCCGCCGCCGGCCCGGCGCGCCCGCCCGCCACCCCCGAGGGCAUGGCCCUGGCCUACGGCAGCCUGGUGCUCAUGGCGCUGCUGCCCAUCUUCUUCGGGGCGCUGCGCUCCGUCACCUGUGCCAAGAGCAAGAAUGCCUCAGAUAUGCCAGAGACGAUUACCAGUCGGGACGCUGCUCGCUUUCCCAUUGUCGCCAGUUGCACCCUCUUCGGACUCUACCUCUUCUUUAAAAUCUUCUCUCAAGAAUAUAUCAACCUGUUGCUCUCCAUGUAUUUCUUUGUCUUGGGGAUCCUAGCCCUGUCUCACACCAUCAGCCCCAUCAUGAACAAAUUCUUCCCGGCUAACUUCCCCAGCAAACAGUACCAGCUUCUCUUCACCCAGGGCUCAGGGGAAAACAAGGAAGAAAUAGUGAAUUAUGAGUUUGAUUCCAAGGACCUUGUUUGCUUGGCCAUGAGCAGUGUCGUUGGAGUCUGGUACCUGCUGAGGAAGCACUGGAUUGCAAACAAUCUCUUUGGACUGGCGUUCUCUCUCAACGGCGUGGAGCUCCUGCAUUUGAACAACGUCAGCACAGGAUGCAUCCUGCUCGGGGGCCUCUUCAUCUACGAUGUGUUCUGGGUUUUUGGCACCAACGUGAUGGUGACUGUUGCCAAAUCGUUUGAGGCACCAAUAAAACUGGUUUUCCCCCAGGAUCUGCUGGAGAAGGGGCUGGAGGCUGACAACUUUGCCAUGUUGGGCCUUGGAGAUGUUGUAAUUCCAGGGAUCUUCAUUGCUCUGCUGCUGCGUUUUGACAUCAGUUUAAAGAAGAACACUCACACGUACUUCUACACCAGCUUUGUGGCAUACAUCUUUGGACUGGGCCUGACCAUCUUCAUCAUGCACAUCUUCAAACAUGCCCAGCCAGCCCUGCUGUAUCUGGUCCCUGCCUGCAUUGGGUUCCCUCUCCUCGUGGCCUUGGUGAAGGGAGAAGUAACCGAAAUGUUCAGCUAUGAGGAGAAUUCCACGCCAAAGGAGGAGCCUGGGGACUCCAAAGACGCAAGGAUGGAAACGGAUAAAAAAGAGAAGUGACCUUGCACGCCUGGGCCAGGAUGGGCGUGUCGGGGCCAGGCUGGGAUCCAGGCCCCAUCGCAAGGGAUAAAGAUAAAGACCAAUUGUGUAUCAGCAUCGUUGUGUGUGCGUGUGUGUGUCGGGAUGGGAGAAUCUCUGUCUGAAGUCUUUCUGCCAUCCCGACGUUCCACCUGGGGCCUGUGUGUGUGUGUGUCGGGAUGGGAGAAUCUCUGUCUGAAGUCUUUCUGCCAUCCCGACGUUCCACCUGGGGCCUGUGUGUGUGUGUGUCGGGAUGGGAGAAUCUCUGUCUGAAGUCUUUCUGCCAUCCCGACGUUCCACCUGGGGCCUGUCCACGGCCACGCAGCGCUUUGGGCAGCUGCGCUCCCUUCUUUUAUUUCAUUUUUUGGUCAUCUCCUAAAUGGGUAGAAAAAAGGGGAGGGGGAAAACCAAGGGGCUGGUUUUUAAAUUUUGUAUUGUGGAUUCGCUUUCUCUCAUAUUAAACCAUCUCGAAGGAUG